AAAAUGCAACAAGUUCAUUUAUGGCUCCGUGAUGAAGUUAAACCAUUCGAACAACGUACAGCUUUGACUCCUUCCGAUGCUGAAAAGUUGAUCAAGGAAUUUAAUUUUAAAAUUACAGUUGAAAAAUCUGUUACUCGUGCCUUUGAUGAUGAAGAAUAUGUUAAAGUUGGUUGUCAAUUAGUUGAAUCAAAUUCAUGGAUUACUCAAGCACCAAAACUUGAAGAAAAUGAUAAUUUCUAUAUUUUGGGAUUGAAAGAAUUACCACUCGGAAAUACUCAAUUAGGUGAUAUUCAAGUUCCACACUUACUUUCUCAACGUCAUAUUUUCUUUGCUCACUGUUUCAAGAGACAAUCUGAUUGGAAAGAUACAAUGAGUAGAUUUGUUCAAGCUGAACCAAGACCAGGUCAAAUUCUUGACUUGGAAUUCCUUAAUUUAGAUAAUGGUAGAAGAGUUGCUGCUUUUGGUUAUGCAGCUGGUUUUAAUGGAAUGGCAAUGGGUUUACUUACUUAUUGUAAACAAAAAUUACAUUCAAACGAUUUGGAAGUUUUGAAUGAAAUUGUUAAACCAUUCAAGAAUAGAACUGAACUUGUUAAUCAUAUUAAGGAUUUACUUUCUAAAUUAGAUCAUACACCAAAAUGUUUAGUUUUAGGAGCAUUGGGUAGAUGUGGAAGUGGAAGUGUUAAAUGUGCUGAAUUAUGUGGAAUUCCAGAAAGUCAUUUAAUUAAAUGGGAUUUGAAUGAAACCAAAGCAGGUGGACCAUUCCCACAAUUAUCAACAGAUGUUGAUAUUCUAGUUAAUGAUAUUUAUUUGAGUGGUGAAAUUAAACCAUUCUUAACAAUGGAAAUGGCACAAAAAGGUGAUCGUAGAAUGAGUGUUUUCAUUGAUGUUUCAUGUGAUGUUACAAAUCCAUUCAAUCCAUUCCCAAUUAAUAAUCAAGUUACAACAUUUGAUAGACCAGUUAGAAGAGUUGAUAAUACUAAUAAUCUUCCAUUAGAUGUUAUUGCAAUUGAUCAUUUACCAACAAUGACUCCACAAGAAUCAUCAGAUGAAUUCUCAAAUGCUUUGGUUACUUAUUUGGCUGAAUUGAGAAAUGUUAAUUUUUCAAAUGAACAAGGUGAAACUGAAGGUAUUAGAGUUUGGUUACGUGCAAAUCAAUUAUUUGAAAAGAAAGUUCAAGAAUUUAAACAAGAAUUGUAAAUUGCUAUAAAAAAACAUUAAAAAACCUUUUG